GUACUCACUCUCUUCAGAUACAGACAAUCUCGCUCCAUACUGAGCUUUACUGAACGGAUAUUUGAGCACCACAAAACCGAAACACCACCCCCACCAGCUCCAACCUGCUGCUAUGUGUAAAGGACUAGCAUCACUGCCUACCUGCUGCUUGGAAAGGGCCAAGGAGCUGAAGGCAAGGCUGGGAAGUGUUUUGCAGAUCGCCAACUGGAAUCUAUCCUGUUGCAAAAUAGGGAAAAAUAAGCCAACCCUGGAGGAAUGCCUUAGGUGGAAAGAGUCCUUUGAAAAACUUCUUUCCAGCAAAUAUGGACUGUAUGCCUUCACAGCCUUCCUUAUGUCUGAGUUCAGUGAGGAGAACAUUGCGUUCUACUUUGCCUGUGAGGAAUACAAAAAUAUCAAGUGUCCUGCCAAGCUAGCUACUAAGGCUAAAAAGAUCUAUGAUGAAUUCAUCGGCAGCGAAGCUCCCCGGGAGAUUAAUAUUGACCACGAAACCCGUGACAUCACCAAAGCCAACAUGCUGGCCCCCACACAUUCUUGUUUCGACAUGGCCCAGCACAAGAUCUACAUGCUCAUGGCCAAAGACUGCUAUCCACGCUUUCUCCGCUCUCCAGCCUACAGACAUCUGGUGUGCCAAGCCAAGCCGAGCACCAAGGCCAGAAAUCUGCCCCAACAGGAGAAGAAGGCUUGAAAUCUGUCGAUGAGCCUAAAAGGGAUUUGUUAGCGAUCGCCUUAAGAUUUGAGAAUGCAAGGGAAGUCUGGCACAAGGUGCUUCAUCGUGAAGCGUGUGCUAAUACUGGUACAGAUGCAGAGUGCUACAUGAGAGCAGCUGUGGAUGGGCCUAUAGUGUAGUAGCCAUCUCUUUGAAAAUGGAGGAAAGCUGAAGGCUGGUGGCUGAAAAUGGACUGCUGUCGAUACAGCUAGAGUUGGGAAAGCAAAGUAAACAAAGAGUUCUACUAAACAAACUGAGUGACAAUCAAGCAA